AUGACCAGAGAAUGGUGCCUGUGGGCCAAAGGACUAAGCAUCCAGGAUGAAGCUGAAGAGAGCGACAGCUGCUGCAGACACCCACGGAAAGCUGGGGCUUGUCUCCAGAGGCUGUCGGAGGAAGAGGAGGAAGAAGAGACGACCAGCUUUGACCUUCCCAGAGCGCUCUUUCUCAGCCCAGCUCUGCACCCCGCUCUCGCCGAGCGGGCGGGCGCGGAGGGCGGGGAGAGGGGGAGGGACGAGGGAGGGCGCGGGGAGGGGGCGCUCGCCCGCAGCCCAGAGCCCCGCGCAGCCACAGAGCGCGGUUCGCCUCCAAACUCGCGAGCAGCCGCCCAGCCGGCUCCGGGGGCCGCCGCGGCUUCAGGAACCGGAGCCGGAGCCCCAGUCGGAGCCGCCCCGGGGACGCCGGAGCGCGGGGGUCGCGGCGCCCCGCACAGCCGAGCCCCGAGGAGCCCGGCCGCCGCGGCAUGGGGGCGCCCCCGCCUCGCCCCGCACUGCUCUUCCCCGCCGGGGCCGGCGGCCGGAGCGGAUGAGCCCAUGGCGAGGGGCCCCUCGGCCGCCGCCCCCGCCGCCCCGCCAGCGCCGCCAGCUCCGGGCACCAUGCGCGCCGCCCCCGGCCCCCGAGGCUGCACCUGCCUGCUGCUCGCCGCCGUCCUGGACCUGGUGCGCGGGUGCACGGUGCAGGAGCGAGCCACCAGCUGAGUGUGUCGCUUCCCUGGAGGU